CCGAAACUUCCAAGACACCACCACCCAAAUUCUCCAAUUCUGUCUUCACCCUUCACAUCCACAUAUUAAAACCCCAUAUUUCCAUAUUACAAUUCCAUUCUUUCCCCCCUGUCAUAAACCAUAAUAAACAAAAAAAAUGAGCGAGAAACUCGUUCAACAAGCCAUCAACAGUCUCGGAAAAGGCUUUGAUCUAACAUCUGAUUUCCGGUUAAAGUAUUGCGAAGACAAAGACCUGUUAGUCGUACUAAACGAAAGCAAAAACGAGCUUCGUGUGCCCGGGUUUGGCUCGUUUAAAGGCGUGUCUUCAGAUAUUAAAUGCGAUAAAGGCGACCGAGUUCGGUUUCAAUCUGAUAUUCUUGACUUUAACCACAUGUCAGAAGUCUUCAACAAAAAAUGUUCUGGACCGGGUAAGAUCCCCAACGGGUUCUUCAACGCCAUGUUCGGGUUUCAAAGUGGUUCAUGGGCUUCUGAUGCUGCUAACACAAAGUAUUUAGGGUUGGAUGGUUACUUCAUUAUGUUGUUUAAUGUUCAUCUUGAUCGGUAUCCGUUAAUUCUUUCGGAUGAAGUCCGAAACGCCGUUCCUUCCACUUGGGAUCCUCCUGCUCUUGCAAGAUUUAUAGAGAAAUAUGGGACUCACAUAAUAGUUGGGAUAGGCAUAGGAGGGCAAGAUGUAAUUAUGUUGAAGCAAACCAAAAAAUCUAACUUGGAGCCUUCACAACUCAAAAAACACUUGGAAGACAUUGGAGAUCAAAUGUUUAAUGGCUCUUGCACUUUCUCCCCUCAUCAACUUAAAAACAAGGAACACAAGCACAAGACACCUUCGGCGUUCAAUACCGUUUUCGAUCCAGAACUAAUGCUCUACAACGGCUUCUCCUCUACCACACCCAAGGAUGGUUUAAGUGUAAUGUGUUCAAAAAGAGGAGGUGAUCUAACUUCAACUACACAUUGUGAAUGGUUACUGACGGUGCCGUCAAUGCCUGACGCCGUUAACUUCGACUUCAUCCCAAUCACCUCUCUCCUUCCUGGGAUCCCCGGAAAGGGUUUCUUAUCGCACGCCAUAAACCUCUACCUUCGUUAUAAGCCUCCUAUUUCUGAUUUGGAAUAUUUCUUGGACUUUCAAGCCCAUAAAGUAUGGGCUCCGGUUCAUAAUGAGCUUUCCUUGGGCCCAACUACUAAUAGAGCCAUCAGAACCCCAGCUCUAAGUUUUAGCUUGAUGGGACCCAAACUCUAUGUUAACACCACACAGGUCACAAUAUCGAAGAAGCCUGUAACAGGCAUGCGACUCUAUCUCGAGGGUAUGAAAUGCAAUAGGCUAGCCAUACACUUACAACAUCUGUCAGAGACACCUGUUUUAUUUCGAGAUAGAAUAGUUGAAGCUAUAAAUUGGCGUGGGUCAGAAACUGCUGAUCCACGUUUUUUUGAACCGGUUCAAUGGAAGCAGUUUUCCCAUGUAUGCACCGCCCCAGUUAAAUUUGAUCCUGACUGGGAGGUCCCAGGAAAAGAUGCCUCAUUUAUUGUUACGGGAGCUCAACUUCAUGUCAAAAAGCACGACUCAAAAAACAUUUUGCAUCUUCGACUAUUGUAUUCUAGGGUUUCGAAUUCAUACAUUGCCCAAUCGUGUUGGACUAUAGGCCCGAUCAAUCAAUCACAGAGGUCGGGAUUCAUGUCAGCAAUAAGUACAACAUUGUCUGGACAUCCAGAGAAAGAGUUGAAAUCAUCUGAUUUUGUAGUAGAUUCGGGUGUUUACCCAAAUGGGCCACCCGUGGAGGUACCUACACCAAAACUUUUAAAGUUUGUUGAUAUGACACAGGUAUGUAAGGGACCGAGGGACAAUCCCGGACAUUGGUUGGUCACCGGGGCUAAACUUUACAUGAAUAAAGGUAAAAUCUCCCUUCUUGUGAAGUUUUCGUUAUUGAACAUAUGUUGAAUUUAGUAAAAAUGUAAGAUGUGAAUGAGUUUUGAUGUGAUUAUACAAAGUUUCAUGUACCUACGAAGUUUAAGGACACAAAUGUCCAUUAAAAAGUAGCACCAAAUGUCAUUUUUGUAAAUAUUCAGAAUCGUUUAGAAGUCGGUACGUUGAAGGAAUGGCUUUAUUCUUUUUAAUUUUUAAUUUGUUGAAUCCUUGUAAAAGUUUAUCCUAAUGUCUUGUAACUCAUAUUUGUUUGAAUAAAAUAAAUUUCGAUUC